ACUCUCGGAGCUUGCCUGCACUUGUGAACAGAAAUUUGGUGCCUCUGUUUACUCUGGAAAGGCAGUGCAGGAGCAGCCAUGGAUCAUUUGGAGUGCUGGAGCCAGGCGGGAUGGCAAGGACACUAAAUUUGGGGUUGCACUUGAAAAGUGCUCACAGGUGACAUCCCCAGGUGGAGGGGACUCUGUCAGGGACUGUUCCAGCCCUGGCUGAGCACAGCUGAGAUUUAAGGUGUUGCACCUGUGCUGCAGAGCAGCCUCUGCACCCCUGGCCUCACACUGAUGGAUUUCCCACUCCUCAGCCGGUUCUUCUCAGCAUUCAGCACAAUAAAUCCCCUCCUGUUGGGAGCACUGAUGGGGAGGAGUGUUUGAGCAUCCAUCCCGGUGCUCAGAAGAGCUCAGCAUGCAGCAGGAUGGUGUUCCAAAUUCCUGGGGAAAGCUGAGAAUCCUUCAGGAAAUGCAGUGGUUGCCUGUGGGGCUGGAAUGAGGGCAGGGAUGGACCUGCUGGCUCUGGGAACAGGACUCUGCUCACCUUGUGCUGCUGGGUUAAAGGUUGUAAAGCCUUUGUAAUUCUUGAGUUCCUGUUGAGUUGACGCAUCUCAUUUAAUUUCACUGACCUUAUCUCUUAAAUACUGUGAAAUCUGCUGAGAAAUGCUAAAAGUGAGCUCCAGUUGUGGUUAUUUUUUAAAUAUUCAGGCAGUGGACAGAGCUAACACAGCAAAUGUAGCCUCUGUGUGUGUGUGGCUUCACUCCUGCAUUGAUUAAACAAAUUAAUAAAACCACUGGAUCAUGAGGCACCUGCAUUAAUUAAAUCAAUUAAUAGAACUACUGGAUUGUGAGGCACCAACCCUGGGGAGCCACAAUCCAAAUCCCAUUUCCUCUGGGGGAUGGAUUCCAGUGUCAUCCAGGAACCGGGAUCUGUUCUGGCAAUGGGGAAAAAGAGGUUCAAAAUCAGAACUGGGAUUUUAAGUAGAAUUGCAUUGCUCAGAGUGUGGGGCUGGACUUUUGUCCUCCAGGUGCAGCAAUGGGCCGGGCCAAAAGCCAUUUGGGGAAAAAGAAUUUGGCAGAGAAAUGAGAAUAACUGGUAAAGCUGAAGAAGGGCUCAAAACUCCUCAGUCCAGGGGGUGAGAAACCUCAGCCUUGUUCAGAAAAUUGGAAAUUUUUUUCCUUUCAACAUUAAUGAAAUCUUCCUUUUCCUUCUCCUGCCUGUUGCAGGACCUUCCCUUGCUGCUCAGCAGAAGGGGAACCCUCUGCAGAGCCUCUUCAAUCACCACAAGUCCUGCAGGCACUCUGGGGGUGUGCAGCAGCUGUUGGAGAGCUCAGCUGCCUCCUUGUUACUCACCCCUGGCUCUUCAGAGCCAAUCUCUCCCCGUGGGUGUGUCAGAGCACAUUUCCCAUCCCGAGGUGCCCUGGAUGAGCUGGAGAUGGGUCCUGGCCUGGCAUCACUGCUGCUGGGGAGGAGCUGCUGCUCUGGGGCUGGAAAAGGAGCCAAUUCCAGCUGUUCUCAGCACCAGCUCUCUGGCACUGGAGUAAUAAAGCAGCUCGUGAAACAGGGAGAUCUUUGUGAAGCACUUCCCAGAGGAGCAGGGCAGCUCCUGGAUGCAGAUCAAGCAUUGCGGUUUGGAGUGCUGUCCAGGGAGGGUAACACCUCGGACCUCUGAGCCCUUGCUGUGAUAAAAAGCUGCAGACAAAACUCCCCAACAAAUGUCUUCAUAAUACUUAACAUUCAAGGGAGCAAAAGGAGAAUAAUGAGCACUGCAGCCAUCCCAGGUGUCUGUACACUCAUUUUCCUGGAUUUCUCACUUGGAAAGCCUCUGUGUUGCAGUACCUGCUCCCAAGGAGCUCCAAGAACAGUUUUAUUCCUUUAAAUCCAAUGAUUUUUGAAUGAAGAGGAUUAAUCAGCCACUGCUGAAGAACAUUCAGCUGUUCUUUCUGCUGCUGCCACAAGGAACCUCCUCCUUUACCUCUACAAAGAGUUUUUACUGAAGUCCCUGUUUGCUCAAAGGAGAAAAGGAGGGAACAAUCCCAAACUCCUCUCCACAACUCCGAGAGCUCAGAACCUGAUGAAAACCCACAGCUCACCCAACCAAAGCAGGAGCUGCCCUUCUCCAUCUGCUCCUCAGAUGGUUUUGCCUCAUCCCAAGGACAGCCCCACUGGCUGUGUCAAAACCAGGAGAUUUUUAUGGCACCAUGGAUGGGGAUUCACACAAACCAGGGCUCUGUUACCUCCAGUAGAGAGCGAGGAAGAGGAUGACACUGAAAUGGAAGUGGAAGACCAGGAUAGUAAAGAAGCUGAGAAGCCAAACAUCAUUAACUUUGAUACCAGUUUGCCCACAUCACAUGUGUACCUGGGCUCGGACAUGGAGGAGUUCCACGGCAGGACGGUGCACGAUGACGACAGCUGCCAGCUGAUCCCCGUGCUGCCCCGGGUGAUGGUGAUGCUGAUCCCCGGCCAGACGCUGCCGCUGCAGCUCUUCCGCCCCCAAGAGGUUAGCAUGGUGCGGAAUUUAAUUCAGAAAGACAGAACCUUUGCUGUCCUUGCAUACAGCAAUGCACAUGAGAGGGAAGCACAUUUUGGGACGACAGCAGAAAUCUAUGCCUACAGAGAAGAGCAGGAAUAUGGAGUUGAAACAGUCAAGGUGAAAGCAAUAGGAAGACAGAGGUUCAAGGUGCUUGAAAUACGAACACAGUCAGAUGGAAUCCAGCAGGCUAAGGUUCAAAUCCUGCCUGAGCGGGUGCUGCCUCCCACCAUGGCAGCAGUGCAGCUGCAGUCUCUCAGCAGGUGCCACGUGCUGCCCUCUUCCAAACCCACCUCCUGGCACGACAGGGCCAUCAGGCAGUGGUGGCAGAAGUACCAGAAGAGGAAGUUCCACUGUGCAAGUUUGACAUCUUGGCCCCCCUGGCUCUACUCUCUCUAUGAUGCUGAAACCUUGAUGGAGAGAGUCAAGAGGCAGCUCCACGAGUGGGAUGAAAACCUCAAAGAUGAAUCUCUGCCAUCAAACCCAGUAGAUUUUUCUUACAGAGUUGCUGCCUGCCUGCCCAUUGAUGAUGCUCUGCGUAUCCAGCUGCUCAAAAUAGGCAGUGCUGUGCAGAGGCUGCGCUGUGAGCUGGAUAUCAUGAACAAAUGCACAUCUCUGUGUUGUAAGCAAUGCCAGGACACAGAAAUAACUACCAAGAAUGAAAUAUUCAGCUUGUCCCUGUGUGGGCCCAUGGCAGCCUAUGUGAAUCCCCACGGGUACAUCCAUGAAACCCUCACUGUUUAUAAAGCCUCCAACCUGAGCCUCAGUGGACGCCCCUCCACAGAGCACAGCUGGUUCCCUGGCUACGCCUGGACCAUCGCGCAGUGCCGCCUCUGCGGCAGCCACAUGGGCUGGAAGUUCACGGCCACCAGGAAGGAGCUGUGUCCCCCCAGGUUCUGGGGGCUGACGCGCUCGGCGCUGCUGCCGCGCAUGCCCGAGGACGCGGAGGACGCGGAGCGCGGCCGCUCGCCCCUGCUGUGCCUGUGAGAGCCCAGGGCCCUGCCCGGGGCUGCUCCUCCUCCUCUGCCCCAACCCAUCCCCGGAACCAGCUCAGCCCUGCCCGGGGCUGCUCCUCCUCCUCUGCCCCAACCCAUCCCAGGAACCAGCUCAGCCCUGCCCGGGGCUGCUCCUGCACAGGGCACACCAGGAGUGGGACACCGGGAAAUCUCUGAUCACCUGGACGCAGCUGGGACUGGACUUGUGGAGUUCCCGCCUGCAGUGAAGGAAGGAAGGGGAUGGAAACUAAAACCAAACUGAAAUCCCAACGAGCAGAGUCGGAUUGCUGCAGCAUUCCCGGGAUGGUAGAUGGCAGUUAGCUGCUGUGGAGUGUUGGCCAUAACACACUUACACGUGGUUUGCUGAGAAUCCCUGUUGCUAACUCUCUGGAGUCCUUCAGGUUUGCUGCUUGUGCUGUUUCUCAGCUUUUUGCUGAAUAACCGUGGAAGAGAGAAGCAGCCUGAGCGUUUCUGAGUGCUGGGAUGUGCAAAGCUGGGAUUGCAGCUCCUCCCAGGAUGGACCCCGUGGGGAAGUGUCUGUUCCUUACAAGUUGUCUCAUCUGUUUAGUCCAUUUGACUUUAGAAGUCUUAAAUUUUAAACUGUUGGUAAGAAGUGCACAGGUCAGUCCCAGAGGGUAAAACAGCAUUGUCAUGUUCAGUGUGCUUCAGUCACUUCCCCAAUUAUUCCUGGUGAAUUUACCAGUGGAGGUGGCCAGGGGAUUGGGAAGGACUCUAAACCACCCCACUGAGGUGAUUUUAAAGUAAUACUUGUUGUGACAAAGGGAAGGAAAAAUCUCUUUUAAUUAUUUCAUUGUAACUUUAAGAUCAUAAAGUAAAAUUUCACGUUAUCAACUUAUAAAGAGCAAAAGUUUCCAAAUAAAAUAGGAAUACAGGCCGUGCUUUUUUGUGGGGAGGUUUCUUGGGUUUUGGUUUGGUUUUUGUUUUGUCUGUGCUCCACAAAUUGGGUGCCAAUCUGGGGCAGCUUUUGCCAGUGAUUUAUUUUAUUUUCCCUCACAGAAUGCACUUUUUUGAUGGCAACGGAGAUUUUUUUAGUGCUUGUGCACAUAAACACUUGUUUUUCUUGUGAAGCUUUUAUCAUUCACUCUUCAUUUCUUGGCAGUGAUGUUAAACUAGUCGAGUGUAAGACACGAGCCAGGGGCUGCUUGUUCUCUGUCAGGCUCCAGGCAGUGCAGCAAGGCCGGAUCAUUCAGUGAGGGCCAAGGCCAAGCCUGGCAGUGUGGAAAAACACCCCAAACCAUGGACUUGCUGCUGGCUAUUUGUCUUGCCAGGUAUGUAGAGAUUAAUUGUGUGACUCAGGUUUAGUUCUUUGGAACUUUCUACCUCUGUGCUGCUUCUGUUCUUCUUAGACACCUUUAAUUCCGUGCUCAGUUCCCUGUGCAGUGCCCUGACUUGGCAGUGAACUGUGGAAAGCAGAAUUUUGCUGUGGUGUGUUCUUAAGUUUGUUAGUUUGCUCUCUCAUUUUCUGUAUUAAAUGGUUUCUUCUUUUCUGAGAAGUGUGAGGAGUGAUUGACUGAGCCUAAGGAGGAAACAACUUUCACUUUAUAAGAGAAACCAGGGGAGGAGCAGUUUCAUUUCCAUGGCAACCGAACUGGCAGGGUCCUGGGAAAGGAAGAAACCAUUUAAUACAGAAAAUGGGGGAGCAAACUAACAAACUUAAGAACACACCACAGCAGAAUUUGGGAUGUGGCUCUGAGCAAACAGAGGGUGAUGGUGGCUCAUUUUCAUCCAGAGAACAUCCUGGAUGUUGAUAAUGAUUCAUGAUGAGCUUGGAAAGCCAGGCACUGGUGUGAGAGGGAGAUUGGAUGCUUUGGUUUGUGAAUCCACUGGAACCAGGCCUGGCUUUCCCUCACCCAGCACAUCUGGGCUGUGCAUUUGGGAUAAUUUAUGUUUUCCCCUCAGAGUCCCUCCUGUCUGUUGUUCCUGUGGCCCUCAGUGGGACUUGGUGGUGACAAGAAGUUGUAGGGUGCUGCCAGUGGGAGCACUCACUGGGGGCUGGGAAGGGAAUUCCAAAAGGAUUUUCUCAGCUGUCACUGAAUUUUAAAGGUUCAGUUCUUUUGGCCGAGUCUUUUGGAUUCUCAAUUAAAAAUGGCAAUGUUUGAAUCCAGAACAAGCAUUUUAUGGUGUUUUGUGUAUAUAGUCAAAUGUAAACUAACAUAAUCGAGGUAAGUCAGGAGUAAAUGAAUGCCAAUUAAAUGUCAUUGUUGAUGAUGCUGUUCCAUGUGCUGAAGCUGUGCUGAGUCCAUGGCACUUCCCAGGUUCAAUCCUGUGCUGGUGAAUCUGGGAGCUGUCAGAGCAUCCAGCACUCCAGGUGUGGGCUGGGGAUGGUUCCUUACACUGGUUCAGAUUUUCCAUCCUUUUCUCUGUUUUGAAGAGAAAACUGUUGUGGGAAUUGGGGAAAAUUUGGAGCAUCAUUAUGAAAAAAUACAGACAGCAAGUGCUCAGAGAGCUGAUCAGAGGAAAGCAGGUUUGGUGAAUAUUUACUACAUUUAUCCCAUUGAUUGGCUGAGGAUUCCUGCAGGAAUUAAUUCAUUAAUGAAUCCAGUGGGCACAACUGAGGGGUCACAGGAUUUCCAGCACAGACUCAUUUCCAAGCCAUCACCAACACCCCCAGGCAGAGCUGUAACUUUGCAACUUUUCAUUUAUUUUAGGUUCAUUUCGACAAAUAGGUAGAACCACUCGUACACUGGGUCUGAAAUAUUUCAGAUACUCAUUUGUCUUUUAUUAAUUCUCUUUUUGGAUGUGCUGCAGUUCAUUUGUUCCUCUCUUUGUCACCUUUCAUUGCUCUGUGCACUGCUCCAGGGCUAGCCCAGGCUCUGCUUUAACUCUUCCUUCUCUCUGCCUUUUGGGACAACUUUUCUGACAAAUCUUGUGGCUUGCAAAUAUUUGCAAAGAAUAAAAAUCAAUUUGUUUCAAAACUCA